UUUCAAAUACUGUGGGAGCAUAGAAUUUGUCUGAAAAAGUCAACUUGAAUAGAACCGGAGUCUAACUAAAAUCACUCACCCAUCCACCCACCCACCCACUCCCACCUACCCAACAUCCACUCCAGCCCUAUACUCCCUUCACCCCACCCUCAUCCCCACCCCCACCCCUAUCAGACCAGACACCAUCUCUUCGUUCAUGGGGAAAGGCUCGUAAUUUUCCACAUCUGCCUCAAGAAAUUCACGCACUUGUCUUGUUUAUAGGCAUGGUUUGGGGGUUAGAUUGGCAAUUUCAUAUCAAAGUCACGCCUUUAGUGUUGGGUGGGAAAGAGAUUAGCUCUCUUUGAGUGAAGCUGUGAAAUUUUAGGCGAAGAGAAACAAGAUUAACACCUAAAGUGGUUAUUUUCGGAAAUGAAGUGAAAGGAACGUCAGGUGUAAAUAAUUCGUGUGUAUGCCAGCUCAAGAAUCAUCAAAUAUUUGCUUCAUUUCAGCCUUUUUAUGAUUAUGAUGAUCUUCAAUCAUUCUGGAAUUAAUAACAUUACUCUGAAAUCACAUCCGGGUGGAGUUUUUGUUUGGUCCCUUUAAUUGCUAUUAAUCUAUAUAAGUCGAGAGUGAAUAGUUUCUAGUCCCAGACCACUCCCCGAUAUCAUGAGGGAAGAGAAUGGCUUCUUUAUCGUCAGGAAAGGAGAUCUCGUAGGCGUUUACAAAAAUUUGAGUGAUUGCCAAACUCAAGUCGGAUCCUCGAUAUGUGAUCCUCCUGUUAGUGUGUAUAAAGGCUUCUCUAUGCCUAAGGACACAGAAGAGUAUCUUCUUUCAUGUGGGCUUAAGAAUGCUCUUUACUCCAUCAGAGCGCAAGAUCUUACUGAAGAUCUUUUUGGAACUUUGGUGCCAUGUCCUUUUCAACAACCUUCUUCUUCCAAAGGUGGACCAUCAAAUGAACACAUGCCAAAGAAAAGGCCACCGGAAGCAAUGUGGCCAGACUAUGCCGAUGCUGUUGGAUCAGCAAUUAUGUCAAAUGAUUCGCUAAGAAAGCAUGCCAAGUUAGAACAUAAGGGGGAUCCAGCUAUAUCACCCAGUCGCUCUUGUUCCCUUGAGUUUGAUGGCACUUCAAAAGGAAAUCCUGGACCCGCUGGGGCAGGGGCGGUGCUUCGAGCUGAUGAUGGAACUUUGGUUUGCCGGCUUCGGGAAGGUUUGGGCGUAGCAACAAGUAGUGUAGCUGAAUAUAGAGGCUUUAUUUUAGGGUUAAAAUAUGCACUCAGCAAAGGGUUUCAAAGUGUUCGUGUUCAGGGUGACUCUAAGCUUGUUUGUAUGCAGAUCCAGAAUCUGUGGAAAGUUAAAAACCAAAACAUCUCAACCCUAUAUGAGCAAGCAAAACAACUGAAGGAACGGUUCAUUUCCUUUCGGAUAAUUCAUGUUUUGCGGGAGUCCAACUCAGAUGCCGAUGCACAAGCAAGCAUGGGUGUUGAUCUUCCUGAAGGCCAAAUUCAAGAGGAAAUUGACAAAUAGUCCAGGAGAUCAAUUUUAGGCCCAAAUCCAAAGAACGCAAUGACAUACACAGAAAAAGGUUUUUAUAUUUAGCGGUUUGACUUUCAAGCUUUUCUGCUGCAAUAGGUGGUGGUUGCACAUCCCUUUUUGCAUGCAUGAAUGUAUCUUUUUGUCCAGUUUUGUUUGAUGUUACUAAAAUCUGAGAUGUAAUUUUAUUGAAGUAGAGCUUAGAACCGGCAUUAAUAACACAGAAACUUUUGGUAGAUGUAAUGUAAUUGUAUUGUGUCACUUGCCAUUUGGGUAGGAUGUAGGAGGACUUGAUAUCAUAUCUCAUUCAUUGAUGUAAUAAUAUUCUCUAUUUCUCUAGGAGUUCCAAUGAGCUAGGCCGAGCUCAAAUGAACCUAAUAGUUUUGGCUCGAACUCGAGCUUGGCUCAAGCUUGGUUUGAGCUUGGCUUGAAGUGAUAUUAUACAUGCUACUAUUAAUAUUAUAUUUAUACAUA